AUGUCCCCGGCGCUGCACCUGCCCCGGGAGGGGUGGCAAUGCCCUCUGUUGCUUCCCCUCCCUGUGCCCGGGAACGAGGAAGCAGCUCCAGCUGCCUUCAGCCAUUACUCGGCAGCGCAGUUCCUUGCUGGCACCUUCCCCACGGCCUGUGUGCUCAGGUCCCACACCUUGCAAAGCGUUGGGGUGCUGGCUUUGGACAUGACUCGGGGCGCGGGAGGGCUGUCCCUGCUGCUGCUGAGCCUUGCUGUGCUGGAUCUCCCACCGGAGACCAUGGCACUGCUGCCCAACACCAGUACAAGCGCUGCAGCCACCUUCCCUUCCUCUCGUCCUGCAACCUCCACCCCACAGAUGCCAAUGGAUGCCUUCACAUCCAAUGCUGCUACAGCUCAGCGGAGCAGCCUGGCAGCCUCCAGCAUCACCACACCGCAGGCAAAGGGCAAUACAACUCAUAGCACUCCUGUGUCGCCUGGGCUGGGACCCACCACCACCAGCAGGACCCCAGCAGGGCUGGAACCCAGCACCAGCAGGACCCCAGCAGGGCUGGAACCCAGCACCAGCAGGACCCCAGCAGGGCUGGAACCCACUACCACCAGCAGGACCCCAGCAGGGCUGGAACCCAGCACCAGCAGGACCCCAGCAGGGCUGGAACCCACCACCACCAGCAGGACCCCAGCAGGGCUGGAACCCAGCACCAGCAGGACCCCAGCAGGGCUGGAACCCAGCACCAGCAGGACCCCAGCAGGGCUGGAACCCACUACCACCAGCAGGACCCCAGCAGGGCUGGAACCCAGCACCAGCAGGACCCCAGCAGGGCUGGAACCCACUACCACCAGCAGGACCCCAGCAGGGCUGGAACCCAGCACCGGCAGGACCCCACACCAGCAGGACCCCAGCAGGGCUGGAACCCACCACCAGCAGGACCCCAGCAGGGCUGGAACCCAGCACCAGCAGGACGCCAACUCCAACCUCCACAGCCACGACACCCACCUGUGA